ACUGAGCCCCCCGCGUAGAGCCGGAAGCCUCGCAUUCUGCUUCCGGUCUUGGGCUGGCGUCCCAGGCGCGGAGGUUUCUGGGAGCCUGGAGCUGCGAUGGUUCGUGGGUGAGCCUCGGAGGGUACUGCGUCGGUCCCCACCUGGAAUAAAAGAUGACAACAGCAGCCAGACCGACUUUUGAACCUGCCAGAGGUGGAAGAGGAAAAGGAGAAGGGGAUUUGAGCCAGCUCUCAAAGCAAUAUUCAAGCAGAGACCUUCCCUCCCAUACAAAGAUAAAAUACAGACAAACUACACAAGAUGCUCCUGAAGAGGUUCGCAACCGUGACUUUAGGAGAGAAUUGGAAGAGAGAGAGAGAGCUGCUGCAAGGGAAAAAAAUAGGGACCGUCCGACCCGAGAACAUACAACUUCCUCUUCCGUGUCCAAGAAGCCCCGCUUAGACCAGAUCCCCGCUGCCAACCUUGAUGCCGAUGACCCUCUCACGGAUGAGGACGAUGAGGACUUUGAAGAGGAGAGCGACGAUGAUGACACCGCGGCUCUUCUGGCAGAGCUGGAGAAAAUCAAGAAGGAAAGAGCUGAGGAGCAGGCCAGGAAGGAACAAGAACAAAAAGCAGAAGAAGAGAGAAUUCGCAUGGAAAAUAUUCUGAGUGGAAACCCUCUCCUUAAUCUCACUGGCCCAUCCCAGCCUCAGGCCAACUUCAAGGUUAAAAGAAGGUGGGACGAUGACGUCGUUUUUAAGAACUGUGCAAAAGGAAUAGAUGAUCAGAAGAAAGAUAAAAGAUUUGUAAACGACACACUGCGAUCUGAGUUUCACAAGAAGUUCAUGGAGAAAUAUAUUAAGUAGUACAGUUUUAUGUGCUUAAUUAAAGUCUGAAAUGUUAAGGAUCAGUUUGACUUUGGGGGUUUUGUUCUUUCCAGUUUUAACUUUCUCAAUUUCUUUCCCCUAGUGUUGUAUUUUAUCUGAUAACGGAUUUAGGAAUGGCUCUAACCAGUUUCCAGUCUCUUAAAUGUUUCCAGUGUCAUUUUCUUUUUAAUAUGGGAAGUGGAGUAGGGAAUCUACUUGGAAUAAAUAUUUUAACCUAAGUAAA